CGCGUCGAGCCGAGCGGAUCCGCGUCUCUCCGGUGCUGAAGGCGAUGCGCGCAGCCCGCGGGACGAGCCGCGUCCCCGUCCGCGUCCCCGCGUCCCCCCGCCGGACCUGGACGGACGCCUGAACACGCCGCACCUCUACCGACUCAAGCCGAUGCUGAUUUUUUUUUAACAUUUUUCUUUUAUUUCUGGACAGCCUCUCAAAUCUCUGGCGAGGCCGACCUGACUAAUCAUCCCAGGUGUCGAGCUGGUGCCGGUCCGAUGUCCUCUCCCUCCACACUGUGAUGUGCCAUGGCUCCGGUGCUAAGUGGAGUGUGGUGGGGGCCGGAGGCGGGUGUCGUGGGCUCAGGUACGGUGGCCGCGGCUGCUGGUGACGCGUCGUGGGCGGGCAGCGGGCAGGUGGUCCUGGUCGUCUCCCUCAGCACCCUCACAGCCUUGCUGCUGGUCUCUGUGUUCCUGGUUCUGUGCGCCAGCUGCCAGGGGCAGAAGAAAACCAUAAAUGGACAUCCAGCAGCAGACCACGAGAACCUCGUGAACGGAGUAUCGGAGAGAGAGACGGCCAGCCAAUCGGCAGACAGCCCGGUGACUGACGCGGCGGUCAGCAGCUCUCACAAUGGUCCUCUAACCAGCGGUACAAUCCUCUCAGACACACAGGACACUAGUCUCCAGCUGUCCGAGGAGAUCCUGUCCAGCCAAUCAGAGCUCAGGUCCUCCAAGUGUCCUCAGGACCGCGAGCUUCCCAGCAUCCCCCCCGGCAACGCCCUGGUGGGGGACAGACCCCCGGUCUCCGGGGACAGCACUUACGAGGUGGUGAAGGAGAUCGCGGUGGCGUCACGUGACGUCAGCGUGGAGGACUCUCUGUAUGAGACGGUAAAAGAGCUGAAAGAGUCCCCGGCACAGCCCUGCCUGCCCAACGGUACCGUCCAGCUGAGCCAUGAAGAGCCUCCUCCUCCCCCUCACCCCCCCGCCCUGCUCAACGGCCACCUGAGCCCGUCCACACCUGAGCGGGGGCCGCUCUGUGCCGGGGUGGAGUACGCCUCAGUCGACCUGAACAAGAAGAGCCGCCACAGCGCCGACAUGGAGGCGAAGAGGCGCUCCGAUAACGCCGCCGUCGCCUCGCACAAGCCGCUGGAGGAGCCGGAGGAGGACGUUCCUCCGCCGGUGCCGGAGAAGGUUCUGGAUGAAAACGACAACCAGCCGGUGCUGGUGAACGGGCUGCUGGGAGCCGGCCUGCACAAUGGAGAGUUACACUCUCCUCUGUCUCCUGCGCCGGGGUUCAACAAUCACAUAUUGUCCAACGACGAGGCAGCGCUGUAUUCUACAGUCGACAAAACAAACUGCGACGGCGUCAUCAACGAAGAGGACAAAGAGCACGAUUACAGCAGCAUUGCAGAGAUCAAAGGUCUGGUCCCGGCCUCGUCCUCCAGCGACCUCUACGCCACCGUCAGAGAUAUCUACACGGAGCACGACGAGCCCCAGCCGGGGGACGACCCGGCCCUGGACGGCAUGGAGCCCGCCUACGAGACUAUCCGCAUCCCAAAGACUAGCGGCUCGGAGGAUGACUGUAGGGCCGGCGGGGAAGCGGAGGCAGUCGGCGCUGCCAGGGCCGAGCCCGACUACGAGAGUGUUGGAGAAUUGGGUCUUCAUCCAGAAAUGUCCCGCCUUUGAGUGUUUUUUUUUCUCCUCUCUCUCUUCUUAUUUUUUUUAAAACUCCAUUCAAAGGUGAAGCAUCCCACAGAUAUCACCGUAAUGCUCUAGAGCGGCUGUCGAGCACUUUCCGGGUGCAUGACUUGAAGAAAACAUCAGAAAACGGCUCCACACACAUGUGGGUCCUCAUCAGCGAGUGCACGUCUGAAUGACAGCUCUGGUACAGUUUAUCAUAUCUGGACUUCUUUAAUUUAUAUCAUCGGUACUCGUAGGCCUUAACGACUCUUCAUUCUGAAAAAAGAAAAAAAAAAACAUCCAAUCACAACACAUAUGCUGCAUUUUAAGCUUAAGCCUAAGACACUAUUAAUGCCUGAUUUAAAAAAAAAAAAAAAAUGUCUCCAAGAAUUCAGUGCCAUAUAGUUAUAUAGAUAAAUGCACUUAGCACAUGUGAAGGUUACAUUAACGCUGCAGCAGCUCGUCAUCAUCUUAUCUUCUGGUUGCCCUCGGCGACACGUUUUAUUGAGGUGUCGUUGGGUGUAUUUCUUAGCUGCCGGCGCUGCGGCACCUCCGAUGCACAAAUUGUAAGGUUACAAGGUCAAACUGAGGCGACGAGCUGUUGGAUGCUGCACGUUCGGGGGUUAAACUCAGAACGCUGAAUCAAGCUGGGAAACAGGGUGACGGGGGGGGGCUUUCAACCGGACUUUUGAUCGAAGAAAUGAAGUUUUACAGUUCAGUCAUUUUUCUUAGCUGUAUUUAUUGGAAGUGUUUAUUGUGUAAUUGUGAAACGUUAGCGUGCGUCUGAGAGGAGUUCAUAGGAUUUUAUAGAAGUUUCUAGCAUUUUCAUUGAGAUACUCAGAGAAAGGGAGUCGUGAGGUUAAGAACAGUUUGGUACACAUUUCUGUAACUAUUUAAAGAAUUUGUUUAAAGAAGAAGAAAAAAAGACAUUUUGAGAGUGAAUCAUUGUCAUUUUGCACACAGUUCAAAGUACUUAUAUUGUGAAAUGGCAACAAACUUGUACUAUUAUUGUGUUAUUUGCUUCCUGUGUUUUUGUCGAGUCUACUUUCGGUACAAGAUACAGUAUUCGGUUGGCUUAAAGCACAAGGUUGAGUUUCAUGGUACUGCAUUUAUAGAUAUAUUAUCAGAGGCUUAAUCAGAAUCCAGUUACGUUGCUGCACAAUUUGAACCUGUAAUGUUUUUUGUGUUAUCAGAAAAGAAAAUAAUAUCUGUCUGUUUGUAGCUCGUACUGACGACAUGCCGAUUAAGGCUUGUAUAUAGUUAAAGCACUAUUUUAACCACCCGCUGGACAUUUUAUGUAAACUUUUACUCGCUUGUUCUUUGUUCAGAGUAAUAUUUGAAAAAGUCGCUCUGUUCAGAGCGCUGAUGUAUAUCGAGCUUGUGUGAAGGAAGUCGUGCUGUCCAGAUGUAGCUCCAAGUGGCGACUUAAGACGAUGUCAGAAAAAAAUGGUACAAUUUUAUUUUUUACUUUUUAGCACUUGCAUUUUAAAAAUGGUGUGGUACUUUUGUUUAAAAGCAAAGUAAUGUCUCAGAUCUGGUGACUGAUGUCUGUUUUAAAACUUGGUAUGGCCCGUGCUUUUUGCUGUAAAUAUUUUCCUGUCACAGUAUUUACUCCGUCUGCAGAAAGGCUGUUUUCAGCCGUCUCCGCCCACUUUAAAAAAAAAAACCUGCAUCACACCAUCUUCUGCCUUUAUCGUCAUCUUCUCCGGCUCAAGUGUCAGUAGACGUCCAGAGGCUUGUUUGCUGGUAUUUGAUAUGUUGUCACAUCUCCCAGUAUUCCCACAGUGAGAGGAUUUUAAUGCCAUAUGCUCCUCCUAGUAUUCUACGACGGGUGGGAGAUAAAUGUCCUUCAUCAAGUGUGUUUAGUCCACCAGUGUUAUUUACUCGCUCACAUAGUUCCAAUGAACUGAUGUGGUGGUAUAUUCGGCUUUUUUUUAAUCACAUAUUGCUCACAAAAUACUAUAAAGGUACUUUAAGGAAAUGCCAAAGGAGGAUGUCUCAGUGCCAAAUCUGAUCUGGACAACAGCCAGACACGUCCGUAAACAUUUACCGAAAAUCACUUGGGUUCUCCGGCCGAGACGUGUAAACACACACUUUCCUCUCCAGGGAGGGUAGUUUUGGUGGAGGUUUUACCAAAGCCCCCGCCCCCCAUCUGCCUCUCCCGCGGCUCUCCCCCUUCCCUAAUGAGACCGUUUGUUCCCCCAACAACCAACAGACAACUCCACGGUGACACCGCCUUUGAUCAGAGGGCAAACCCUGUUUUGGCAGUUAUGACCACAUCUGUCACUCGUCUCUAUCCGGCCUCUUUUCGCUGCAUGUAAAUAUUUUAUGACAUGAAUUGUUCUAUUAAAAUAUCAAUAUAAUAAAA